AUGGAAAAGACGGGCAGCGAAGAGGCAGGCACUAGAUUCAGCAGAGUUUCAACUGCCUCGUUCCGAGGAGAGCGAGGGGAUGCCACAGUCAGGUUGCCAUCAGGCUUCCCCAUGCAGGAGGGCGCCCAACUCGCCGAGACCUGCUUCGUUGGGAAGAUGCUUGGGGAGGGGAUCCAGGGGGCAGUGUUUGAGCUGGUGGACAAGCGGGGGCGGCCCCUGAACCUGGUGCUGAAGUCGAUGCGCUCGGGUGGCGCGGCGUGGCUGUCCAGCAUGCUGCCCAGCAUGGAGCGGGAAUGGGCGAUUGGGCAGCGCCUGGGCAUGCACUGCCGCACAACCGCAGGUGCUCAUCCGGGCUUCAUGGGGGUCGGGGCAGCGCUAAUUGUGGAGGACGUAGUUAAGGAUCCCCGGAAGGUAUCAAAAGGGGAUGAGGGGAAGCGAGGGAGUGGGACUGAGCAGGGCAAGUCCAAGCCCAGAGUCCGGGGCCGCUUCAGGGGCAUGGUCCUGGAGAAGCUGAAUGGCAGGACUCUGGCCAGCAUUAUGGGCAGCAAGCACAGUGGCGUGCAGGAUGUGCACUACCUGCGCCAGGCCCUCCUACAGGUGCUGACCGCACUGGCAGAGGCGCAGAAGCUGGGCUUCAGGCACUGGGACCUUCGCAUGACCAACAUCAUGGAGCACCACCCGCUUCCUACCCAGGCUGCCGAGAAGCUGCCGGAAGCUGCCAGCGCUCAAGUUGCGUCUGCGGGGCAGCCAGAUGCUGUCAGUCAGCCUGACUCACAUCCACCCCAAACAGAGAGUAUCAAGGAUGCACCUGAGGUUUGGUCAGCCAUCGAGCUGACACAGUCAGGAGCCCAGCAUGCAGCGAAGGAGCAUCUAAGCCUACGAGAGCAGAGUCAGAAUGGGUGCCUGGAUGGGAGCAGGGGUGCUGCAGGGGGCUCAGGCAGCAGUGUGCCAGCACAAGAAGGCGCAAGCGCAAAGGAAGGGAUGGGGACCGACAGGGAAGGUCUGCAGUGCGUGUGGAAGAUCAUAGACUAUGGGCAUGCUGACUUUGGGGACAAGACGCUGCAGUAUGACGGCCUGUGCAUCGGCGGUCCUCCCUUUGACCCAGAGGAUGGGCUGCCCAAGUGGAUGCUGGAGAGCGGCCUGCCAAAGAUCCCUCUGGCAGAGAAGUGCUACCGGCAGUUCUGGUGGCGCAAGGGGGAUGUCUACCGGCUGCUGAUGUCGCUGCAGAAUAUCAUCGAUGGCAGCACCUGGCCCAAGGACGACAAGCGGCGGGUGAACGAGCUCAUUGGCCUCAUACACCACGUCACAGGUGCAAGCGCAUCACAGUGUACUUCACAGACGAUCCGGACCAUGUGCAGCAGUCCUGCGCCGGCCGCUUCUGGCGCCGUUCUGACGGCUGCUGCCACGUCGGCCGCCGGUGGCAGAUGCGGCUGCAGACCUUCGUUGCGCCAUACAAUCCAGGCAUCACCGCCACAGAAGCCCUUGCCCUGCCCUUCUUCUCACGUGCUGAGUAAAGCAUGCUGUGGAACAUCAUAG